AUGAUAUCAACAGAGGAGAGAAAACAACGAUUAUUAGAUUUAAUCCGUCGUCCAGUCUCUAGUCGUCUUGUUCAAUAUGUAUCACAACAAGCAGGUCUAGUCAUUCCAUGUCAACCUCCAUCAUUGCCUUCCAAAUAUGAUCAAACUUCCAAUCGUCAAACAUCACCCACUUUACCUUCUUUACCGACAUUUAUUCAAUCUUUGAUAAAAAGAUCCUGUGUCAAACCAGGCACUUUACUUGGGGCACUUGUCUUUUUGGAUCGUUUACAACGCCGACUAGCUCAUUUGGCCAGAGGCAUGCCAUGUACUUGUCAUCGGAUCUUCUUGGCCACUUUAAUCGUCACUUCUAAAAGUUUACAUGAUACUUCACCAAAAAAUAAGCAUUGGGCUCGUUAUGCUGUUCAUUUUAAUUUAUCCGAAAUCAAUUUGAUGGAACAACAGUUACUAUCACUAAUGGUAAAUUUUUUUUUCUUCUUCUUUUUUUUAAUAACCUGA